AUGGACUCCCCUACCUCGUCUCUAGAGCAAAACGUCGACCUAUCCAAGCUCAGCGACAAAGACAAGCAAGAACUACAGCAAUUCGUCGUCAACGAAUCGCAAAAAGCUCGGAUCCAGCAAACUGUGCAUAGUUUAACAGAGACGUGUUUUAAGAAAUGCGUGACGGGUGCUAUUCGCAGUGGGAAGUUGGACAAGGGCGAGGAAAGCUGUACGCAGAAUUGCGUGGAUCGGUUUUUGGAUGCAAAUUUUACGGUUAUUAAGCAUUUGGAGCAGAUGAGGGGGGGUGCUUAG